CAAUAGGAAAAGGAAGCGGAGUAGACUGUCGUAACGAUUAGUUGGUAAACAAUACUUACGGGUACCAUUGCGAUAUAUCAUCCAUUGUCAGAAAAUUACAGCACGGAAACCCUACUCAAUUUCUAUUCUUGCACGUACUGUGGAUGUUCAAUAGGAGUAUAAGAACACAUUAUGAUCAACUAUUCUAAUAGAACAUACCAAAUAGUUAACAAUCAAUUAAAGAAAAGUACCUGCGGCGGUGGAAACGUGGCCGGCGACACCGCAUGGUUAGUCGAGCAGAUCGGGAACGAGUCAGCGGCGGAGGUGGCAAGCGACGAUGGUGGCCCGCUCUUCUUCCCACAACCGAUGUGGUUAGUCCGGGCGACUUUCCUCCGCUCUUCUUCCCACAACCGCUACAGCGAAUCAGCGGCGGAGGUGGCAGGCGACGAUGGUAGCCCGGAGGAGGAGACCGCUACUGAGCGACCAGCGGUUGCUUGACAGGCGGAGGCGGAGACAUGCAACGGCGGCGGAGGGAGGAUGAGGGCGGUUGAGUUUGAGUAUGUGUCUGAACAUUUUGAAGGAAAACCGAAAAGGCAGCGCAUGGGGAGGGGAGAAAAAGCAGAAGAUAAAUCGUUUGCUAGAUUUGGUAGGUAAGUAGUCUUCCAAUUUUCAACUUUGCCAUUAUUGUUCUCUGUUUUAUUUUAUUUUUUACAAUUGAUUAUUGUUAAAGAGACAAAGGGAGGGCAGGGGCAGCCGCCGAUCUGCUGGACUAAGCCCUAUUGGGCCUGGUACAAAAGGCCUGCUUAGGUUAGUUUUGUGUUUUAAUUUUACAAGAACUCAUUUUAUAAUUAUAAAUAGGGCUAAUACCA